AUGGGAGAGGGUGGCAAAGAAAUUAAAGGUCUGAGUUUCGCCGAAAAUUUUCUGCUAAGCGGUGCUGCUGCUGUUAUCGCAAAGACUGCAGCUGCUCCAAUAGAGCGAGUUAAACUACUCGUCCAAAAUCAAGAUGAGAUGAUCAAGCAAGGGCGCUUAGACAAACCGUACAAUGGUGUUAUCGACUGUACUGUACGGACAUUCAGACAAGAAGGCAUACUACCUUUCUGGCGUGGAAAUUUACCUAACUGCUUGAGGUACUUCCCUACCCAGGCGCUUAACUUUGCGUUUAAGGACAAGGUGAAGUCAGCGUUUCAGCAAAAUAAAGAUGAUCCAUACUUGGUUGCUUUCUACAAAAACGUAGUCAGUGGUGGUGCCGCAGGUGCUCUGUCCUUAGUGUUUGUUUACUCUUUGGACUACGCUCGAACUCGUCUGGCCAAUGACAACAAAUCUGCCAAAAAAGGUGGAACUCGUGAGUUCAAUGGUUUGGUUGAUGUUUAUGCUAAAACGUUCAAGUCAGAUGGUAUCGCUGGACUCUACCGUGGCUUCGUUAUCUCGUGCGUCGGUAUAAUUGUAUACAGAGGAUUUUACUUUGGAUUGUAUGAUACUUUAAAACCUAUAUUCCUUGGACCGGAUGCAGGUGUGACAAUCAGUUUCUGUCUCGGAUACGGCGUGACUGUCACUUCUGGAUUGAUAUCCUACCCGAUCGAUACUAUUCGUCGACGUAUGAUGAUGACUUCAGGUAAUAUUUGUCUGAAUGAUCCAGAUGGAGUCAAGGAUUAUCAAUAUCUGCAUACACGUUUGAAAUAG